AAUUUAUCCGUGCAUUUUUUAAAUUAAUUUGCACUUGUAAUCUUUAAACAAAAACAUUAAGCUCCAUUUCCCCUCUCUACAACAACACUUCACCACAUGAUGUAAGCAACAAAAAAGAGCUCAGGACUAUACUGACCAUGCAUGUUUAGCCCUCCCCUCCAGGCACAACUUACAACAAACCAAUCAAAAAGGGAAGGGCAAAAUAAAGCCCCGCCCUACAGUUUUUUCUAAUUUCAGAAGCUGUUUCACUCGGAUAACGUCACGAUACAGAAAAGAAGUCAAUCGCAACUUCCGUUUCAUGGUGACUUUAAAGAAAUCCCUUCCCUAAGGUUUUCAGUGCGAUGAGUCCGUGACUGAGGUUUUUCUCUCAGUUUUCUUCUGUUUGACACCAGAAUGGCCGCUGCUCAGAAAGCGUCUUGUAGGACGUCAGGCGUUCGUUUCACAGCGGAACCCGCCGCAGCCGCUCACUCUCAUGUGCACUUCGACGAGAAACUGCACGACUCUGUCGUCAUGGUGAUACCCGAGUCAAAUGGACACUUCCUGGUUAAGGUGGGCUUCCUGAAGACGCAGCACAGGUACGAGAUUGUGUUUACGCUUCCUCGGGUUCCAGAGCUUGGGAAAGACGUGUGUCCGGCGCCAAUCCCGAAUCCACACCUCCGCAUCACUCAUUUAACUCCCACUUCAGACGGUGGUCUCGGGGUGACGUGUGAAUAUAUGGCCCAUCAGGAGGGAGUCAUGUGUGAGGAGCUUCAGAUUCUCAGUGAGAGUAAAGAGAACGUGUGUGUCAAGGUCAAAGUUCAUGCCCGGGUCAUGGACCGUCAUCACGGGACUCCCAUGCUGUUGGAAGGCGUGCGGUGUAUGGGAGCAGAGCUGGAGUACGACUCUGAGCAGAGCGACUGGCAGGGAUUUGACUGACCCUCGGACCCUCAGACUUAUACCGUCCACCCGUCCCACCCUUAUAUGAGGGCGAGGGGCAGAACGUCCAACAAUCCAGAACCCAGCGAAGGGUCUUAAUCUGCUUUCAAAGACGAGGCAUGUUUGUACUGUUACAGUGGAAUGCAGGAAUGGUCUGUUGUUGUUCAUAGCUCUCUGUGAUUUCUCAUUUUUCAGGUUUUAAAGAAUACAAUCAAACACUGUGCUUGAUCUCUAACUGAAUCCAAGUGUAACCACUGAAUGUUACUUUUAAAAGAAAAAGUUUGCUUUUAUGCUCGUAACUGCACUUUCUUACGCAAUUCUGAUCUGAUUAUAACUGUUGAGAAGGAGAUGUAAAGCUGUGAAUGAAGCACUAUGGGGCGACACUGAUCCCAAAAACGUUUUUUCUUGAUAUGAACCUUGUUGGAAUUGUUCGUCUAACGAGUGCGAGUGUUGUAUUUCGUCUACUGAAAUGAAUUUUAAUGUAUAAUCGCUCAGGUUAUUUUAGUCACAUAUGUUGGUCUUUAUUAAAAUGGUUUCUGCCCUAUUUAAUAUUAAUGAGAUCAACACAUAAAGGGCUCCAAUUUACCUUUAGUUUCGUCAUUUUUUUGUAUAGAGCCAAAGUGCCUCAAAACCACAUAUGGUCUACAUUCAUGUUUAUUCCUCUUAAUGCCAUCGUGUAACGUUGGAGCCAUUUCAUACUGAAUGUCCGAGAUUUUGUUUUUAUGGCAUAAGAUCUUGCGAGUUGUGUAGUAUGAUAGUUACCUUUUAAAAGUGCUUUGACAUCUGGAAACGAAAUGUUUAAUACAGUUACAAUAUAUAUCAGACGUGCAGAAAAGCGCAAAUAAUGUUAGCUACUGGUCUGCCUUGUUGAGAUGUGUGUCGUCUUGUCUUUUUUUACUUUUAAAACAAAUAAAGUUGACGAGUUGAAA